AUGAAAAAGGUCCUCCGAAAGCCGACCAAGAAUGCCAUCGUCCGUGGUGUCCGGGUUCCAAAAGCGAAGAUCACCAGGUUCGAGCGACGACAACGGCUCAAGGCCUCCACCGCCAAUCGUGAUCAGAUCCGGGUUCAGCAGGAAGACCUAAGUCGGCCUCAGAGGCAGGGAGAUGAUCACACCAAGGCCUUAGAAGUCGACGUUACCAAUCUUCAACAAAACCAUGGCGUCUCGCCAGGUGCCCGAGAUACGACAAUCCCGCUGCAGCAACAAAUCAUCGAGCAGCAGCAGCAAGAGAUUGUCAAAUUGAAACAAGAACUUGCCGACUUUAAUGUCGCCGAUCUGUAUCUCAGGUUAAAUAAGGGAAUGGCUCAGCCACAGCUUCAUGGGCCACAUGGAUGA